AUGCAUAUCUUUGAACACGAGGAUUAUAUAAUUAUAUGUUUGAACGGAGUUUUGGCUCUUGCCGCAGCAGUAACUAAUUUUCUUUUCGUCCUUGCAAUCCUUAAGACGCCGUCCUUACACACACCAUCCAACAUUCUUCUCUGCUUCUUGGCUUUCUCGGAUUUUGGCGUUGGUUUUGUCGUUCAGCCGUUGUUCAUUACAAGCGCAGUUGUUUCUCAAGAGCGGAUGCAUUUCUUUCUUAACUCGAUGACUAUUGCAAGUAUUUUGCUUUAUGGAGCAUCAGUCAUGACCAUGACUGCGAUUGCAGUUGACCGAUACCUUGCUCUGGUGCUACAUCUACAGUACCGAACCAUUGUGACUGUAAGUCGAACUAUAAAAUUCAAACUGAUUCUAUUCUUUUUAGCCCUAUGUGGGUAUUUCUUACGCUUUGCGUUACCGACAAACCUUAGAUACAUAUUUAUAAUUAUCGGCAUACUCUUCUGUAUUUUUAUCUCAUCUUUUUGCCAUAUAAAAAUUCAAAGAAUUGUGAGACGGCAUCGCAGGCAAAUAAUUGACCAAGCGAUGGCAAUAGCUAACCAGUUUCCUUCGUCCUUUGUGCCGCCUUUAAGACAAGGCAAGUCCAUCACCACAAUGUACUAUAUCAAUGGACUCUUCGUUAUUUGUUUACUGCCUUAUCUCAUUGGAGUAGCUUUAUUAUUGCAGUAUGGAGAGCUUCCAAGCGUCAUAAUUUACAGAUAUUGUGCGUGGAAUAUUCUAACAUUGAAAUCUGCGCUCAACCCCUUUUUGUACUGUUGGCGUAUGCGGGACACAAAAUGUGCUAUCAAGACAUUAGUGAUAUCUGCCAUCAAGAAGAUGUACUGUUGCAAGCGUUAA